CUUAUUCGAUCAAAUUUCGUAUUCGUCGUCGUUUGCGUCGUCGUCAUUUUAGUUCUAAAAUUUAAGAAAAAAUCCAAGUGACUGAUGUAAAAGUAAAAAAUAUGGCGAGUCUUGGGGGCGAUCAACAAAUUUUAACAAAUAGUCAAACAGCUGAACCGAUUCAAAGAGACAGCCGAGAAGGCAGUGCAGAAAGAAGAGAACUAAUGGAAAGCACUAACGCAACAAUUCAUUGGUUUGCUCAAGUGGGUGGAGAUGACGACGACUCGCAAGUGGCUAAAGACCGUGACGAAAAACUGAAGUUAGCUAGAGAACGUCAAAAUGAAGAAAGACAAAGAAAAAUCGAGGAGCUCAAAGCUCAAGCAGAAGCGGCACAAAGAUAUCAGGAACAAAAGCAGGAAGAACGACGACGACGCAUUGAAGAGAUAAGAAAUCGAGAUUCUGAAAAACGUCAUCAGGUCGAGGAGCGUAAACGUGCAAUUAUGGAAGCAGAGAAAGAACGUCGCGAAUAUAUACUGAGGAAAAACCAGGUGGAACGCGAAUCAAGAUUGGAAACUAAAAAACGAGAUAGAAAUUCAAUAGCUUUUGCGUUUGGUUCAUCAACGCCACGUCUGUUGGAUCCAGCUGAUUAUGGUACAGUAUCGCCCAGUCAAUUUUGGAGCCAACGAAGGUCAACUUCAAUAUCAAAUGUUGCUGGUGCUACGCUCUCACGUCGAAGUUCAGAACGUGAACUUGCCGACAGUGGAGCCAAAAAACGAGCCACAUCAGCCAGCGGUACAGAACGACACGAUGAUCAUCGACGUAAAUCAUCAUCCAUGUAUGAGGUUUUCAAUUGGGGAUACUCGACUGAUGAACCUCCAAAACGUUUCUCACUAUCAAUUGUUGGCAGUGAAAUAAAUAUUGAUGAUCCUCCUACGCCUGCUAAAAAUCGUUCUCCUGCCAAUUUAUCCACACCGCACAGGCAAAACUCGAAUCACUUUACUAUCACAAACAAUAGUUGUGCAGUCAAGGAAGAUAAUGUUGACACAUCACAUAUCGUGUUUCGAAGUGUGGCCCGCAGAAAAACAGAUCUUAUGCCUACAAUUCCUAGCCCAAGGGAUGGGCAUUAUGGUUCCAGAUCUUCAUUAAGUCAUACGCCUAGAACUCCAGGCCGCGCCUUCUCAAUGACACGUUUGGAUCAAUUGGCGCAACCAAUACGACGUAAUGGUGAACAUAUACGUGCUAUAUUGGAACGUGAACGUCGGGAACAUAUGGAAAUGUUCGAUGAAACCGAAUCGUUAGGUGGUGGACGUCGCACAACUGGUCGUAAGAACAAAAGUAAUAAUAGUAGCGGUAAUAGCACAAUGUCACGUAGUAUGACUCAUUUGGCUGGUAAUUCGCGUCCUAAAUAUUCACUUGGUGGUGGCAUAUCAACCAGCUUUCGUCCAUUGGGCAGUAACAGCAGUGCACGGGAUGGCAUUAAAAGUACGAGUAUGACACAUUUGACCAAUUCUUGGGUUAAUACACCACCGCGAUCCAAUUUAGGCUUACAAACAGCUGCAACUAAAAAAUAUCUGCAAUCAUCACUAGCUUCAUCUACAUCUGCAACUAAAAGAGGCCAGCAGCAUUUUACUAACCCAUACCGUUUCGAUCCAAACUCAUUGUUGCUCAUGAACUCUAGUUUUUUAAUAACAGCAGGUUCCCGAUCAGGUAAUGUUACACCAGGCGGCAGCAUAAAUACUUCAAGACCGGGAAGUGCAAUGUCCACAUCAACAAAUAUGUCAACUUCAGGUUUCGUGAACAGAAGGAGUGCACAAACAGUGCGAAAACCACGCCCUGCAAGUAUAGCCGGUACGGGUGUUUCCCUUGAUGAAAUAAAUAAAUUGAAGAAAGAAAACAAACCUCCAAUGAAAUCAUCUACAGCCUCCGCAUCAGCACAAACAACUCCGAAACGAACAACAAAUAUGAUGUCUACUUCAUUAAUAGUAACAUCAUCUUCUUCACGUCUGUCAAGCGCAGAGAAAAGAACUCCAUCCAAAAAAGACUCACCUUUAGCAUCAAAAUCUUCAACUCCGAAAUCUCUUUCGAAAACUGCAAGUUCAGAUCGUUUAAAUAAAAUCAGCAAGGAUAAACCAAAGGAUAUGUCCGUUUUAAUGACAAAGUCAGCAUAUGUUGCACCAACAACAAAAACUACAAUAACAGCUACGUCAAACAAUAACGAUAAUGUUGAAAAUAUAAAUGAAGUAUUACCUACAAUUCAGAGCAAGGAUGAAAAGAAUGCUUUAAAUGCAGUUAAAACGGAAGAAACAAAUGUCCAACAGACAACUUCACAGAAUUUGGUUACUGAGGCGGAAACGACUACUACUACUGUUACGGUAACUGAGGAAAAAGUCGAUGUAGGCAAUGAGAAGAAUAUUGAUAAUAUUGUACAAGAAACUGAAUCCUCAAUUUCAAAACCCAUACGUAAUGGUAGUAAAGAAAAUUCAGAGGUACGUGAAUUGACGCCUCCAACACAACAACAAAUCGAUAAUAACGAUUUGAUGACAGCGUCUAUGAUUGCAAAAAAAAUAACAACUGAGGAAGAAGCAAAAGCUGCACUUGCGGAAAGAAGGCGUUUAGCACGUGAAGAAGCCGAAAGGCAAGCAGAACUCGAACGUCAGCGUAUAGAGGCUGAAAGACAAGCAGAAAUUAAACGUCAAGAGGAGGAAGCGGAACGUCAACGUAAAUUCGAAGAAGAAGCAACGCGCUUGGCAGAAGAGCAACGUAAGGCUGAAGAAGAACGUUUGCGACAAGCCAUUGAGGAAGCAAAAAAACGUGAUGAAGAAGAACGUCUCAAACGUGAAGAAGAUGAUAAACUACGAUUAGAGCGUGAAGAAGCCGAAAAGAAAGCGAAAGAGGAAGCUGAAAAGCAAAGAAUUGAAGUAGCCGAACGCUUAAAACGAGAAGAAAAAGAACGCGAAGAAAGACGAAAACGUGUGGAAGCUAUUAUGUCACGUACACGCAGAGGAGGUGCUGCAGCUACGCCUAAUUCCACACCUGUAAAAGAAAAUGAUUCUCCAAAAACUAUUUCAAAUGAUCAAGAAAAUUCACAACCAUCUUCUACAGAAAUAAAUUCAAGUAGUGAUAGUAAUUCAACUUCAGGAACAGCUACUACAACAACUACUCCAACACCUGCAACUAUACCAACUCAAAUGCCAGUUAGGAAUAGUAAUGAAGCUCCUAACACUCAGGCUAUGUAUGAGCAAGCAGUUAUUGAUAAGGAGAAUUCACUUAUUAAUAGUUUCUCUAAUAUGAUUAUUGGAGAAAAUGUAAAAAAUUUACAACAGCAACAAUUGCAACAACAACCACAAAUUCUUGAAGUAACAAAUGGCAAACUGCAUGCUGAUGAUAUAAUAUUUCAAAAUACAACAACAACUACAGUGGCCAAUGGGAAUGGUCAUAUCGAAAAUAUUAAUAACAAAAACGAUAUUAAUAUUUUACAAGAUGUAGCACCGAAUCAGUUGAUUGAUCUAAGCAUUGAGUCACAAGACCUUAAUACAGUUAAUUUCAAUAAUAAUAAUAGUUUACUGACUACAACAACUACAGCAACACUAGUCACUGCUGAUAGUCACGAUAACCAAGAUAUAUCAUUGCUGUGAGUUUGAAAAUGUUGCAGAAAAUAUACUUCUGAUAGCUUGCAUGAAUGGGAAAGUAAAUAUUUAUUUUAAGAUAAUUUAUGCGACAAAUUAUGGUUACUAGAAAUUAAGGCUUUAAAAAUAACAUAUGAAAUUGCAAGUAUGCAUAGUUUAUGAAAGAUGAAAAUAUAAAUAAAACCGUAUAUAUUGAAAGAAAUUAAAAAGCAAAACUAUUAUGCUUAACAGAAACAGAACAGAACAGAAACGUUUAGUGAAAGAUGUGCUUUGAAAAUAAAUGAAGAAUCUAAGCAUGAUUUGUAAAUGUGGUUAGAAAGAAGCAUAAUUCAUACUGAGAUCUUAUUAGUUUAUUUAUGUAAAACAUAUAAUAAAAAUUAUAUACAAAUUAAAUAUAUUCUAGAAAUCUAAACACAAACUAAAAAUCAAAGAUUUAAAAAGUUAAAGAAAACUGGAGAAAAAAGUUAGAACUACUACUAAAAUGCGAAAGUAAUAUUAGCAAAAAAUGAAUACAGUAAAGCUAAAAAAGAUAAUAAGCUUUUGCAAGUAUAUAUUUUAGAAUUUUUAAAAAUAUUUAAACGAUUUAAAAUGCACAAAUAAGAGCAUCUAUGCAAAAAUAUUUUAUGCCUAGCUUCUGUGUAUUUGGUAAACUUAUAUGUAAAAGCAACAGCGCCACAAUAACUAUUAAUUCUAAUAAUAAUAGUUAAUAUAUUAUGCAAUAUUAUUAAUAUUUGAGAUUGUUUUUGAA